CGAUCCCGCCUCGCAGCUCUGGGAAACGCUCAUCCAAUCACUAAGAAUUUGCAGCGCUUUUGUCAACACACCGCGCCGCUAACAUCACCGCUCAGCAAACACACACAGAUGGCUGCAGCGAACAGAGUAUGGCUGACCCCGCAACGCGACUGAGUGGAUGUGAGCAAUCGGCGCGAUCUGUUGAUGGUGCAACUGUUCCCGCCGGCCGCGAUGCGUGUUGACUUGUACAUAUGUACACCGUACCUGCAAACGAUGUCCUCAUCGUUCUCCUUCAACAAUCUGAGCUGGUUCUCGUCUGGAGUUUUGCUGCUAAUCAUUACCUUAAUAAACUAAAAUGGCCCACCACAAGCGCGGAGUCUCCAAGGACAUUACAUCCAAUGCACACCCCACCCCGUUACCCACAUAUUAUUCGCAGCAGUUGCCGCGAUGGACCAGCAAGAGCGCUUUCGAAGACCAAAAGGCCUUCGAAGAGAAGCCCGAGCCAUUCUACCCCAGCUACCAGCAAUAUCCGGCUCCUAUGCCAAGAUUCGAUAACAUUCCCCUGCCACCACGGCCUCAGCGUCGACGGUGGCCAAAAAAAGCCAUCCUGAUACCUUGGAUCAUUGCAGCAGUGUUCUUUCUGAUAGCUCUUUGGUUCACCUCCAUUGCGCUCGGCGUGCGCAUGUUCAUCGUCAUGCAGCCGGAGUCCGCCAGCCCACCUGUACAGGAGAUUCGAGUCUUGAUCACUGAAGACAUGUUUCGCGGCAGUGCAUCAGCAUACACCUCAGUCGUCACGGUAUCUGUAAAUGCGGCGAGGGCUACAGCGAUAGUAAGCGCACCGACGUCGACAAAUGAUGGAACCACUGAACCCACAUCUACCGGGACACUGGAUAGGGCGCCUAUGCCAAAUAGCGACCCACUUGAAGACUUCACAGCGACUGCCCCAGCACCGAGAGACUUGAAGUCAAGCCCCACUGGAUUCGUCACAGUGGUCAGGACGGUUUAG